CUAAGUGUUUGUAAAACUAGUGUCGUCCACUAGAGUGCGGUAACAGCACCGUCAAUUCCUUAUGCAUUCCCUUACAUUCACACGAUAUAACGCUUUAUACUGUAGAUACAUGAACGAUUUAAAAGAAGUAGACCAUAAAAGAGACACACAAUGUUUCGAUACGCGAAGGUUAAUCAUCACAGAAAUAUUUAGGACUUCAUUUCCCAGCAUCACCGGGAAUCACCCUUGUGAUAACACGCUGCAGUGAUGAGAGAGGAAUGCGUGCCCGUGACGUCAGUGAGGCACCUCUGUCGCAUCAUCUCACUGGCGCUGCUUUAGAAUGAACGGAGAGGAGAGCGACAUCAAUCCGGUGUUAAUGUGCACGGAACCGCCGGAUCAUCGAGCUGGACCGCGCACAACUGAAAACGAAUGAUUCUCGGAGAAGCCGUUAUCUGAAGUUUGAGCUCUGCGCUCCUGCCAUCACAUAAAUGACCGUACACAAUAAGACUUUAUUUCGUUUCAUUUACAGAUAGCAGCAACGAUGGCGGGGACGAGCGUGGGAUUCUCCGACGUAGAAAGUUUCCUAGACCAACACCCCGAAUUACUGGAGGAUUAUUUGAACAGAAAGAGGAAGCACGGGUUGGUAGAAAAGUGGCUGAAGAACCAUCAAGAGACCAAAACUCCGGCGAACUCCAGCGCGGAACCGGAGAAAAGCACAAACGCCGCUGCCGCCGCCGGUAAGGACAGCUGGGCGAGCAGGAGCGACGGUCUGCAGAGACGAGCGUCCCAGAAAGAGCUACGGAAAACCUUCGCCAGGUCCAAAGCCAUCAAUGCCAACCGGACCUACGACGAACACGUGAACUCCCGAGCCCAGGAGCCGCUGACCAGCAUGCGGAGACGCGCGCUGUUGCGCAAAGCCAGCUCUUUACCGCCGACCACCGCGCACAUCCUCUCCGCUCUGCUCGAGUCCCGGGUCAACAUCCCACAGUACCCGUCCACCGCCGUGGACUACAAGUAUUACCUGAAGGAGCACAACGAGAGGGAGUUCUUCCUGGAGCUCGUCAAAGACAUCUCCAACGACCUGGACCUGACCAGUCUCAGCUACAAGGUCCUGGUGUUCGUGUGCAUCAUGGUGGACGCAGACCGCUGCUCGCUGUUUUUGGUGGAGGGUCCGGCCAACAAGAAGACUCUGGUGUCCAAGUUCUUUGAUGUUCACGCAGGAACCGCAGUGUUGCCCUCGUUGAGGAACUCGGAUGAGGUGCAGGUUCCCUGGGGAAAGGGAAUCAUCGGAUACGUGGCUGAACAUGGAGAAACUGUCAACAUUCCCGACGCCUAUCAGGAUCAUCGUUUCAGUGAUGAGAUCGAUAAACUCACAGGAUAUAAGACCAAGUCUUUGCUGUGUAUGCCGAUCAGAAACAGUGAUGGAGAGGUCAUCGGGGUCGCCCAGGCCAUCAAUAAGAGUCCUCAUGGAGCGCUCUUUACAGAAGACGACGAGAAGGUGUUACAGAUGUAUCUGCCCUUCUGUGGUAUCGCCAUCUCAAAUGCCCAACUGUUUGCUGCCUCGCGGAAAGAGUACGACAGAAGCAGGGCUCUUCUGGAGGUUGUGAAUGACCUGUUUGAGGAACAGACUGAUCUGGAGAAGAUCGUGAGGAAGAUCAUGCAUCGAGCUCAGACUCUGCUGAAGUGUGAACGCUGCUCGGUCCAGUUGCUGGAGGACAUUGAAUCUCCGGUGGUGAAGUUCACAAAGUCCUUUGAGCUUCUGUCACCCAAGUGCAGUGCUGACAUGGAAAACAGCUUUAAAGACAGCAUGGACAAAUCCUCGUACUCUGAUUGGCUGAUUAAUAACAGUAUAGCAGAGCUGGUUGCCUCCACUGGAUUGCCUGUGAACAUCAGCGACGCCUAUCAGGACCCACGCUUUGAUGCUGAAGCAGAUCAGUUUUCCGGCUUUCAUAUUCGCUCAGUCCUGUGUGUUCCUAUCUGGAAUAGUAACCACCAAAUCAUAGGUGUUGCUCAGGUCUUAAACAGAUUGGAUGGGAAACCGUUUGAUGAUGCGGAUCAGAGACUGUUUGAGGCAUUUGUGAUAUUCUGUGGACUUGGAAUCAACAACACUAUAAUGUAUGACCAAGUGAAGAAGUCCUGGGCUAAACAGUCUGUUGCUCUGGAUGUGUUGUCAUAUCAUGCCACUUGCUCAAAGACUGAAGUGGAUAAGUUUAAGGCAGCAAACAUCCCUCUGGUGUGUGAGCUGGGCAUUGAUAAACUCUCAUUUGAUGACUUCUCUCUGGAUGUGGAUGCCAUGAUCACUGCAGCUCUGCGCAUGUUUAUGGAGUUGGGAAUGGUGCAAAAAUUCAAGAUCGACUAUGAGACUCUUUGUCGUUGGCUGUUGACAGUGAGGAAGAACUACCGCAUGGUUCUGUAUCAUAACUGGAGACACGCCUUCAAUGUGUGCCAGUGCAUGUUUUCAAUGCUGACAACGGCUGGAUUUCAGGAGACGCUGUCGGAGAUGGAGAUUUUGGCCCUGAUAGUCGGCUGUAUUUGCCAUGAUUUGGACCACAGAGGAACAAACAAUGCAUUCCAGGCCAAGACAGGCUCAGCUCUCUCUCUCUUGUACGGGACAUCAGCAACACUUGAACAUCAUCACUUUAACCACGCUGUCAUGAUCCUACAGAGCGAGGGUCACAAUAUCUUCUCUAAUCUGUCCUCACAUGAGUACAGUGAACUCAUGCAGCUCCUAAAACAAUCCAUUCUGGCUACAGACCUCACACUUUACUUUCAGAACAGAAAUUCUUUCUUUGAGCUGGUAAAUAAAGGUGAAUAUAACUGGAAUGUGAAGGAUCACAGAGAUAUGUGCAGGUCAAUGUUGAUGACGGCAUGCGAUCUGGGAGCUGUCACUAAACCCUGGGAGAUAUCACGUAAGGUGGCAGAACUGGUGACCAGUGAGUUUUUUGAACAGGGAGACAGAGAGAGAUCAGAACUGAAACUCACUCCAUCGGCUAUUUUUGACCGAAACCGUAAGGAUGAGCUGCCAGGGUUACAGCUGGAAUGGAUCGAUGGCAUCUGUGCUCCGCUGUAUGAGACAUUUGCCAAGUUAAACCCUAAACUGCAGCCGAUGGUUGACCUGAUCAAGGGCAAUCGUGCAAAAUGGGAGGAACUUCACCACAGGCACCAGCGGAGUCAGGAAACGAGCGGUCCUGGAAGUCCAUGCGACGGCGACGCCACAGCAUCCAGCUGCAACUGCGCAAGCUAACUCAUGGGACCGAUACGACACGUUUUGCCAAAAGCUUCUCUUUGAACGCAGUGUUGCACGCGCAAGAGGAGUUUUAACCUUUGCUGCACGCAGGCAUAACCUCAACAGCGCCCUCUGUCUGUGAGGACGCGGUCAACUGUGACCGAGUUUGUACUGAAGUGUGCACUUUACGCUAGCACUGACUUCUAAGAGACGUCAUAAAGCCCAGGGAGCUAACAGGCUAAAUGAGCUAAAUUAGGGCUAGCAUGCGAGAAGACUCAUGAUUGGUUGAUCGUUUUUAUAAGCUACUUCCGUCGAAGAAGGUUUCUCACAGUUUUAACGGUAUUAUAGCAUUGUUUCCCUUUGUAGCUAUGUUUGCAUUGGUAAAUGAACACAUAUCAUAAGCACUGGAGCUCGAUUCUGUAUUGUAUGUAUUUCGGCGGAUGAUGAAUGCAGAGUUUGUAUACGGUUUGCCUGUGUUGUUUAUAUUUAUUCCAGAAUCGGGGGUUCGUGGAGCUUUCGGGCUCUUGGUAAUGCUUGCGAUGCAAAUCCACUCCAGCGCUGUUCUGUGCCUUGUUUAAAAGCCUUUCCCAAUGAUAAUGCAUGCAGCCUUGCAUUAAAGUUCAUACUGUAUAUCAUUAGAUCUGGGAUGCUACUGUUCUCUUCACAUUCACUGCUUGUUUUAUCUUCAUUAAUAAGCUCAGACAUGCUGGGUGAAAUCGAUGCAUUAUGUUUGUGUUCUUCAUGAGCUUUCUCGUGUUUACAGUAUUACCCAAAACCUAAACAUUACUCAUUUUAUUUCUUUAUUUAUUUCUUUGAAUUCAUUCAACUUCACGAUGGUCUUGUCAAUGAUUUGUAUUUUAAACUGAGACAUAUUUGUGCCUUUAUAAAGUUAAAAAGCCACUUCAAAGUACAUUACAGUAACAUCAUUACAUUCACUGUAGAUUAAGCUGACUACGACUCUUUGUUAAAAAACCUCUUGAGAUAUUUUACUCUUAACUAAAAAUAGCCUAUAUAUUUAUUUGUAUUUCAAAAAAUAUUUUUUGCAUUGUGACAUUGUUUUUAAGACAAGAACAUCAACCCAAUUUCAUGAUCACAUUAGAUUCCCAUACAGUACACUACAGUAAUGGAAAUCACCUUUAAUUUAUUAAACCAAUGGCAUUUCAUUGUAAGUCACACACGUAUCACCGUGCAAUGGAAAAAUACCAUAGAAGUGUAACAGAAUUGAUCAUAUAAUAUUUCUUUACACAGAACACAUUGUGGCAUACAGAAAAUUCACAUGAAAGCAAACUUAAAGGGAUACCCCAGCCAAAUAUCAAAAUUAACCCAUGAUUUACUCACUAUCAAGCCUUCCGAGAUACAUACAAUGGUGUAAACAAGUGUUGGUCCCCCUCCAGAUUUCUUAUGUUUUUGCAUAUUUGUCACACUUUAAUAUUUCAGAUCAUGAAACACAUUUAAAAAGUCAAAGAUAACACAAGGGAACACAACAGCAGUUUGGCAGGGGCUGUCCACACGGAGACGCGUAUCACUGUAUACGUAUAAAUUUGUUAUCGUAUUGGCGUUUCAUCCACACGGAUCCAGCGUUUUGGGAGACUGAAUCCGCUAUUUUUUGAAACCGGGUCCUAAAGUGGAUAAAUCUGAAACCGACACCCUUGCGAUUUCAUCUGUACAGCCAAUCCGUAUAUUUUGUGAAGCGAAAACGUCAUCACGUGUUGGAAGCGUCACACGUAACAGCAACAACAAUAACGGCGGACUAUGUGAUUGUGUUCGUGCUACAGAAGCUACUAAAGCCUACUAGCUUUAUUACAGCAAAAUCUAUUGCUUCUAUGCAAUUGUGGUGACCAACAAGCGAUAAUGGACAACACCAUACGUUGGUUAUGUGCAUGCUCAAAGUCUUCUUCUCCAUGUAUUGUGUAUAUCUGUGGCAGAAUUACAGUGCCCCAUACUGGUCCGGCAUAUAUACUACACCGCUUUCAGUCGGUUUUAGUGGUUUCGUGUUUACGGAUUAUUUUUUUAGAGCAAGGAAAAAAAUGAUCGGAUAGGGAAUGCACCGGCUUUGUGUGGACAUAGCCUAAAUGAAGGAAAAACAAAAGGCAAAACUGUGUUUGCCCCUUUUGUUAAAAGAUAACUUAUCACACCUGAGUGAGUUUUUCAAGCCAGACCCAGGCCUGAUUACUGCCACACUUGUUCGCAAUCAAGAAAUCACUUAAAAAGGAGCUGCCUGACAAAGUGAAGUGGACCAAAAAUCCUGAAAAAAAGCUAUACAUCAUGGUGAGAUUCAAAGAGAUUUAGGAACAAAUGAGAGAGAAAGUAAUUGAGAUCUAUCAGUCUGAAAAAAGCCAUUUCUAAAGCUUAGGUACUCCAACCACAGUAAGAGCCAUUAUUCACAAACGGGGAAAACUUUGAACGGUGGAGAACAUUCCAGGAGUGGCCGGCCAACCAAAAUUACCCCAAGAGCACAGGGACGACUCAUCCAAGAGGUCACAAAAGACCCCACAACAACAUCCAAAGAACUGCAGGCCUCACUUGCCUCGUUUAAGGUUACUGUUCAUGACUCCACCAUAAGAAAGACACUGGGCAAAAAUGGCUUGCAAGGCAGAGUUUCAAGACGAAAGCACUGCUGAGCAAAAAGAACAUAAAGGCUCGUCUCAGUUUUGCCAGAAAACAUCUUGAUGAUCCCCAAGACUUUUAGGAAAAUACUCAGUGGACUUUUUGGAAGGUGUGUGUCCCAUUAUGUCCAACAUAAAGUAACAGCAUUUCAGAAAAAUAUGGUGGUGGUAGUGUGAUGGUCUGGGGUUGUUUUGCUGCUUCAGAACCUGGAAGACUUGCUGUGAUAAACGGAAGCCUUCUGCUGUCUACCAAAAAAUCCCGAAGCACAAUGUCUGGCCAUCUGUUCGUGACCUCAAGCUGAAGCGAACUUUGGUUCUGCAGCAGGACAAUGAUCCAAAACACACCAGCAAGUCCACCUCUGAAUGGCUGGAGAAAAACAAAAUGAAGACUUUGGAGUGGCCAAGUCAAAGUCCUGACCUCAAUCCUAUUGAGAUGCUGUAGCAUGACCUUAAAAAGGCUUGCCUCCAAUGUGGCUUUUUUCUGCAAAGAUGAUUGGGCCAAAAUUCCUCCACAACGCUGUAACAGACUCAUUGCAUGUUAUGGCAAACACUUGAUUGCAGUUGUUGCUGCUAAGGGUGGCCCAACCAGUUAUUAUGUUUAGGGGGCAAACACUUUUUCACACAGGGCAAUGUAGUUUUUGGAUUUUGUUUUCCCUUCAUAAUAAAAACCUUCAUUUAAAAACUGCAUGUUGGGUUCACUUGUGUUAUCUUUGAUUAAUAUUUACAUUUGUUUGGUGAUCUGAAACAUUAAAGUGUGACAAAUAUGCAAAACAUAAGUAAUCUGGAGGGGGCAACACUUUUUCACACCACUGUAUGUCCAUCAAACGAACACAUUUGGAGAUAUUUUAGUAAAUGUCUUUGCUUUUUCAAGCUUAUAAUGGGAGAAAACGGGGAUCAGACAACUUCUGACUAUAAAGCCCAAAAAAGUGCAUUAAUCCUUUACAGAGGUAAUCCACAUGGUGCCAAGGGGUUUAUAAAUGUCUUUUGCAGGUAAUCAAUGUGAUAUUGUUAGAAAUAUAUCCAUAUAUGAUUUUAAACUAUAAUAACUAGCUUCCGGUAACAACAGUAUUUUGGACUCAGGCGAUUCACGAGACUGCACACUGUACCCAUGGCAACUAGCGCUCACUACACUAAAACACUUGUGUGAGUCCAAGAUGGCGUUGUUACCGAAAGCUAGUUAUUAUAAACUUUGAAAUCUGGAUAUUUUUCUUACAAAAUUCCAGCAAUUGUCUUCAGAAGAUCUUUAACACAUUGGAGCUGUGUGGAUUACCUCUGUGAAGGAUGAAUGCACUUUUUGGGCUUUAAAGGGACACAAGGCAGCAUUUUUAUGUUAAUAAAUCAUCUUCGUAAGUCGGUAUAUGGUUAAAUGACUCAUUACAUGACGAAUGAAGACUCUCUCGCCCGCCCCUACCGUCUGUAGGAAGAAUACCCCACUUGCAAGUUCGCUGUAUCCGACCCGGUGUCCUUCAGUCUCGUAUAGUCUUAGAUAUAGAACGCAUUUACUCCCAGACACUAGGGGGAGCUAGUAGAGAAAUAAUACUCAGACUUGCCUUGUGUGCCUUUAAAGUUGUUCCCUGAUCCUUGUUUUCUAACAUUAUAAAGCUUGGAAGAUCUCCAAAUGUGUUUGUCUGAAAGAUGAAGGAGAUGUGUAUAACGGAUUGAUUGAGGGUGAGUAAAUCAUGGGGUAAUUUUGAUAUUUGGCUGGAGUAACCCUUUAAACCCCUUAAACUUAAUCCUAAAUGGUUUUAAUUCAGAAAACAACAACUAAUUUUUAUCCAACACACAGCUGUCAAAUACAAUCUUACUUCAUGAAUACUCAUAUCUUAUCAGAUAUUUCUUUGACAUUUAUGUAUUUGGCAGACAAGCUAUACAUUUUUUUUAAUCAGUAUUUGUGUCUGACAUUUUGCACUGAAAACACCAUGCUCUAUCACUGAGCCAUACAGUAACACAUUUAUAUAGAAACACUUUAAAUAUCAGCAGUCUCUGAUCUAUAGUAUCUACUGUUGUGCGUUUGGCUGCCCUGUUCAAGAAAUCACGCAAGGAAGACUUGCAAAGCCGUUUCCAGAUAUAAGCACAAGCAUUCGCUCACAUCUCGCUCAGAUUUUAAUUCAAUUAAUUUUUUUCAUAUUUUUAUUUUAUAAUAAAUGCUUUUUUUCUGUUCUAGUGUUCAUUUGAUAUGACUGCACUUUGAUCAUUGUCUUCUGUGGUUUGAAAGUCUUUAAGUGUUAAAACACAUACACAUGCAUAAGAUAAAGAUGCAAAUGAUUAAAGGGCAAAACUGCAUGUCAAAAUGUCUGCCUUUAGUAAGAUUCAUCUGUACUUCAUUAUUUAAAACUUUGAUUUAAUGUACCUGCAUGAAACAAGCUAUUACCUCACAAAGUUGAGUAGUAGGUUCAUAUUGUAUAGUUGCAUUCUUUAGGAUGUUUUACAUGAUUCAGAAUGAUUUCUUCUGGUUAUUAUUAUUAUCACAGUUUUUUGGAUGAUUCUCUGAAGUGUUAUGUUUGUGAUGAGGCUCUUUUGAAUCGUCUUCUUUUCCUGGUUCAACUCCUUUUGAGGAUUUUUCCAAGCAUGAUUUCCUGGAUUCAAAUAAACGUGCUGCUAGUAAUGUGUUGUGUCAUUGUGUGUAGACUUGUGCAUGCGUGUUUCUUAUUGAAGCCAUGA